ACGGGCAACCAGGUGAGACACAGAGCAACUGAUCAGGGCAACAGACAACUGGAAACAACCAAUCAGAUAAGAGUAAUCUGUCACCAAGGAGAUAGACACAGCAGACAUGGACACUGAGACAUUUGCAGCAGUCACUCUUGUCUUGGCUUCAGCAUUUAUUUCACUCAACAAUAACAACAACAAAAAAAGAACAUGGACCAGAAGAUGGAUGCUGAGAAGGAAACUAGGGUGUUACAGCCAGUUACUCAAGGAGCUGGCUGAUGAAGAUCCUCCUAGUUACAAAAACUGGUUAAGAAUGGAUCAGCACAACUUCAACAUCCUGCUCAGCCUAGUGGAGCCUACAUUAAGAAGACAAGACACUGUAAUGAGGGAGGCGAUACCUGCAGGGGAGAGACUGGCCAUAACUCUGCGAUACCUGGCCACAGGGCACAGCUUCUCCUCACUGGAGUACGUUUUCCGGGUGAGCAGACACAGCAUCUCAAAGAUCAUCAUUGAGACCUGUGAAGCUCUGUAUAAUGCAUUGCAACCAAACUACCUGAGAACACCAUCCACAGAGGAAGAAUGGAGACAUAUCGCCAAAAGAUUUGAGGAACGAUGGAACUUCCCCCACUGCAUCGGUGCCUUAGAUGGGAAGCAUAUCAGCAUACAGCCUCCACCAAAUUCAGGAUCCCACUAUUACAAUUACAAAGGCUUUAAUUCAAUUGUUUUGAUGGCCCUAGCAGAUGCAGACCUGAAAUUUAUAUAUAUAGAUGUAGGAACAAAUGGCCGGAUUAGUGAUGGGGGGGUUUGGGCCAAGUGUGGGCUGAGUCAGGCACUGGAGGAAAACACACUAAGAAGACCACCACCAACAGGACUGCCUGGGCGUCAACUCCCUGUGCCUUAUGCAGUUGUGGCAGAUGAAGCCUUUGGUUUGAAGCCAUGGAUAAUGAGACCAUAUCCAAGAACACAACUUGACAAAAGCAAACAAAUUUUCAACUAUAGGCUCUCUCGUGCACGUCGGUGUGUUGAGAAUGUUUUUGGAGUUUUAGCCAAUAGAUUUCGAGUGUUUCGUCAGUCAAUUCCAUUGGAACCUUCCAAAGUUGUGACGAUAACUAAAGCGGCGUGUGUUCUCCACAAUUACCUGCGAACAGGAUCCCUUACCCGAUACACCUAUACCCCUCCCAGUCUGGUGGAUCAAGAAGACACAGAAACAGGUCAGAUAAUUCGUGGAGCAUGGAGGCAGGAACCAGAGUGCUUGAAUCCUAUCGCAGCCUCCUCAGACAGGAAUCCAUCGUUGCAGGCAAAACAAGUCAGAGAGGAGUUCUGCAGCUACUUCAACACAAAUGGAGCAGUAAGCUGGCAAGAUAAUGCAAUUUCUUAGCUUAACAUUCUUCUAAUGGAUACUACUUAAUAAUAAAUUGAACGAUACAAUCAAAUACAUGCAUGUUUAUUUUAUUUUCAGCCAAUCUGGCAUAUGUACAUUGACACAGUUAAAUAGACAUACUAUUCUUCCUCUAACACACUGUGGGCCAAAUCAAUUAUUUGCCUUUUAAGUUUUUUAGUUUUGCUCUCUGACAUGUCAUCCAACACACUCUCUAGAUAAUGCAAAAACCCUGCAUGUGGUGAAGAGGCCUUUCUUUUGAGAACACCAAUGGCAUA